AGAGCUCAGCCUUUUGAUCAUUUGAUGCCUACUCUACUGGGGGCAAGCCGAGGAUAGGGAGAGUUCUGCCCACUGCCCAAGCACUCCUGCGUCGUCCUUCCACUGUUCCUGACUCCAGAGCGGCACGCGUUAUCUCUUUUUUUCCCCAUAUACCCCAGAGAUCGAGCCCAGCAGCCAGUGUAGCCCACCACACCGGAGAGAAAGAAACAUACGCAUGCCACCAACGCGAGGACCUCAGAAUCAGAAUCGCGGGCAGUACGUAUGGUACUACAGCUAAGUCAGCCGCAGCAGCAGCUGCAAAGGAGAGCAUGGAUAAGUUAAGUAGCUAGAGGAGGAGGAGUGGUGGUGGUGGUGCUGUGGCUCGCGAGAGAGACUAAGUUCGCUUCGUUGCCAAAAGCAUCGCGACACCAAGAAGCGGCCAUCGAUCCAUCCGUCUUAGCUUCGACCAUGGCACUAGUGGACGCGCUGUGCGCUGCCUCCAGCGUCGACGCCGCGCUCGUCUACGACACCUUCAACGCCUCCUCUUCCUCGGCCGCGGCCGCGGGCUUCCUCCUCUUCGACAAUGCGGCGGCCGCGGCAGCGGCUGCUUUCUCCGACGCCGGCAUUGUCAAUGCCAAUGCCGGCCCGUUCGCCGCGGGCGAGGAUGUGGAGGCGCCGGCGCCCGAGGAGAAACAGGCGCCGGCGCCGGCGAGGAGGAAGCGGCGGCGGCGGGCGAGGAGCUGCAAGUCGAGGGAGGAGAGCGAGUGCCAGCGGAUGACGCACAUCGCCGUGGAGCGCAACCGCCGGCGCCAGAUGAACGAGUACCUCGUCGUGCUCCGCUCGCUCAUGCCGGACUCCUACGUCCAGAGGGGUGACCAGGCGUCGAUCGUCGGAGGAGCGAUAGACUUCGUGAAGGAGCUGGAGCAGCAGCUGCAGUCCCUGGAAGCGCAGAAACGCACGCUGCUGGUCCACCAACAACACAAGGCCGCGAGACACGACGCGAUGCCGAUGCCGAUGCGCACCGACGGCAACGGGUGCGCCGUGGAGUCGUCGUCCACGAGCAACUGCAGCAGCAGCGUCACCACCGAGGAGCACCACGCCUCGUCCGAGCCGCCGUUCGCGGGGUUCUUCACGUACCCGCAGUACGUGUGGUGCCACGCUUCGCAGCAGCAGGCGGCGGGCGACUCCUCCAGCGGGACGAUGAUGCUCUCGGCGGCGGAGGAUCAGGGCGGCCGCGCCGGGGUGGCCGACGUCGAGGUGAGCCUGGUGGAGACGCACGCCAGCGUCCGGGUCAUGGCGCCGCGCCGGCCCGGGCAGCUGCUCAGGAUGGUCGCCGCGCUGCAGGCGCUCCGGCUCGCCGUGCUCCACCUCAACGUCGUCUCCGCGCUCGACUCGCUCGUCCUCUACUCCCUCAGCGUCAAGGUGGAGGAGGGGUGUGGCCUGACGACGGCGGACGACAUUGCAGCGGCGGUGCAUCAUGUGCUCUGCUUCAUCCACGCCGAGGCGGCGGCGUCGCAAGAGCUGCUGGUGGCCUCGCAGUAACAGGCCAUGGUGAUCAACGCCGACACGCCGGCCGGGCACAGGAACGAGCUACGUAUAAGGACUGAGCUAGCUAGUGUAUGCCAUGCCAUAAUUAUAAGGAUUUAAGGGUGAUGAUGGGUGUAGUCCGUGGGAUGAAUCUCGACUGAUUCUAGAUGUUGCUGUAGUGGUGGUGGUACCUCUAUGUUUACCCAGCCGGGUUUUUUCUUCUUCUUCCUCUCGUGCAAUCCAGUGAGAUGUGCCGGUGUAAUGCAACUGUGGAACCGUGGAUUUAACUGCGACUCUGCAAUGUUAAUAUGUCAUGGCCGUGUUAUGCCUUCGA